AUGCGACCGGCCCCCUCGAUCGCAGCCUCGCUCUCGCUGCCCAUCACGACGUCCUUUGCGGGCGCUCAAGCGCUCUGGUGGCCCUCCUCGACGUCUACACCCCCACGAGUCGUCCUCCUCUUCAUCCCAGGCAACCCCGGUCUCUCUUCGUACUACAUCGACUUCCUCCACUCCAUCUACACCUCUCCCUUGCUCAAAUCGACCGGGAUCGAGAUCCUGUCCGUUUCGCAUCGCGGGCAUGCGCCUCUCCCUCUCGUCGGAACAAACGCCAUUUGGGGGGACAACCUCACCAACACCACCCAGGCGCGCAAGGGGUACGGCUGCACGCUCCGCGAUCAAGUCCGGCAUAAGGUCUCGAUCGUCGACGCUAUCAAUCGCCAAUACAACGGCGAGAGCCGACAGACGAAGGUGGUGGUGGCGGGACACAGCAUUGGCGCGUGGGUGGCGAGCGAGGUGUUGAAGGCAAGACCGGACGGCGUGGAGGCGUUGCAUCUGCUGUUUCCGACGUUGGCGUGGAUUGGGCGCACGAGCAAUGCGAGGCGGGUCGGGGUGCUGAUGUAUCCCCUGGUGGGGUGGGUGCUCGCACCGGUGUUGUGGAUGUUGGCGCUGCUACCUGUUGUGGUGGUCGUGUGGUUGGUGAGGCUUGUGACGGGUCAACCGGCCGCUGCAGCGUUAGCCACGGCGGAGUUGUUGACGACAAGAGGCGCGGUGAGAAACGCAUUGCGCAUGGCAAAGGAGGAGUUUGGGACGGUGCAACAGCUCGAAUCGUCCACCAUCGAUGCGGUUGCCAGCUUUACGAACGACGGCGAGGGGAGGGUGAGGUCCUACUGGGCAAGUGAGGACAGUGAUGGCUGGGCACCAUCUUGGAUCCGAUCGCAGGUGGAGAACUCGCUCAAUCUGCACCGUGUUCACCUCCCACCCGGGCUCGGACUGGACACCUCCAACACACGCCCCAAACUCACUGGCACCAAAUCUCACACCCGAACACGCAGCUUCAGCGUUUCGGAAUACCGUUCGUCCCCAGGCAGCAUCCCGGACCUGCGCCACGCCAAGGCGAUCCGCAAACCUAACGGCGAAAUUGUCAUCGAGGCACAGGUGAACGAGUCGAGCAGCGAUAGCGAGGACGAGCCCGCCAUCAACGGGGAUGACCAGCAAGUGAGUCAAAGGGGUAUGGGAUAUCACUACGGGAGAGCAAGAGCGACGAGCACGCAUUGCAGGAUCGGGAUGCCUCAUGCGUUUUGUUUGAAGCACUCGGAGGACAUGGCUAAGAUCGUUGCGCAUUGGAUCAGUUUUGACCACUUGUCGGAGGAGUAG